AUGGAAGCUCCAACUCAUGAAACGACCAAUGGACAGGAUGAAAGUGGUUCUAGUGUCCUCGCCGAAGGGCCGCUCAAAUCUGAACUCAAGAGUGUGGAUAUCACUUCGCCGCGCAUGAUCUUGCUCUUCCUUGGGAUAUACGCUGGCCUUUUUCUGUCCAUGAUGGAUGCAUCAAUCGUUGCGUCAUGUUUGCAUACCAUAUCAGGCGAAAUCCAGGCAUUUGGGUCUGUGAAUUGGGUUGCGUUGGCGUACACCUUGGCCGAGUGUAGCUGUGGCAGUGUUUUUGGUCGGGUAUCCGAUAUAAUUGGCCGAAAUAAUGCGUUUGUUUCAGCCAAUGUCAUAUUUCUGGCAUUUUCUUUGGGAUGUGGUUUUUCCCAGAACUUGAACCAACUCAUUGCGUUUCGUGCCCUGCAAGGGCUUGGCGGUGCAGGUCUCUUCUCUAUGGCUAUGAUAGCCAUUCCAGAACUAUGCCUGAAACAUCUUGAUUAUAUGUUUGGCCUCGCAGGUGUCACGAUUGUUGGUGCAAGUUGCAUAGGUCCAAUUCUGGGUGGAGUGCUCACCCAAUAUACUUCUUGGAGAUGGGUAUUCUGGAUAAAUGGACCCAUCUGUGCGACGUCAAUAGGAUUCUUCUUACCCAUGACCCAACGCUCAUGGAAGUCAUUCGACUACACCGGGUCCAUCUUAUUCGUGGCCGCCUUUGUUCUUGUCGUAUCUGCAUUCCAAAACGCUGGGAUAUCGACUACUUCUGGGUUCUGGAGCAGUGCUCUGUUCGUUUGCCCUCUCGUUAUCGGGUUGAUCUGCGCAGCAGCCCUCUUCACAUGGGAGUAUACGAUGGAACACCACUUCAUGCCGAUAUUUCCGCCCUCCCUUUUGCGCAAUCGACUCUACGCAUCAGGAUUAUUAACCACACUCUUCAUGGGCUUUCCACUUUUUAUGCUCAUAUUCUCGGUCCCUCUCAGAGCCCAGCUCGUGAGCAGUAAAAACCCAUUACAAGCAGCAAUCACCUUGUUGCCCACGCUUGGAGCAAGUGCUAUGGGCUGUAUUAUAGCUGCAGCGGUCAACUCAAAGAGGGCAUUCUUCUUCGAAUCUAUGCUUACUGGAUCAGCGUCAUCAGUGAUCGGUUGCGCACUUUUAACCACUAUAUCCGAUGCUGGCGACGAUAAGAAACUACUUGGAUAUACUACAAUAGUAGGACUAGGUAUUGGGCUAUCUAUCUCUGCUGCCACGGGUGUGGGAACGUACCAAGUUUUCCCCCGUGAAUAUGCACCCGCGCAAGGAAUAUUGGGACAGGCAAGAGUUUUGGGAGGUAGUCUCGGGAUAUCUGCAUUGACUGUCCUACUGCACUCGAAAAUCGAAAAGUUGGUUCCAGGUCCUAUCUCUCCACACUUGUUAGCCAUUUUUGGAGAUGCAGAGGCAGACCUACCAGAUCAGUUGCUCAAUUUGAGACCAAAAGCAUGUUCUGGGGCCUUUAAAGAUGGUAUGCUGUUGUCGGCUGCCGUUUCGGGUGCAGCAGUUUUGACAGCGCUUCUCGGCUAUCAGCGCAAUCACCAAGAUCCCAAGCAACAACGACUGGGCUUGGUGCGAUCGGAGGCACUUGGGAGCCAAGCAGCAAAAGAUGUAGGCGGUGAGUGA